UGGACCUUUCGGACCUAACGUCUCUAGAGCUCGAAAUCCUGGAACGGACAGCUGACAUGGGUGCCAUAUCCUACGAUUCGACCCCGAUGCGCGACGUCGACGAACGCAGCGCCGCGGGCACCGACUGUGGCAACGACGAACGGCCGCGCUGCGGUGAAGCGAGUCCGCAAGAGCUGGAAGACGCACCCGACGAUGGAACCGGGCGGCUUGGGAACACGGACUGGUGUCUAUGUGGUUCCUGCGCGCUGAUGGAGACCGUCGUCGAGUGCGUCUGCUGCCGCGAAUACCCGGCCGUCGCACGGAAGCAGCAGGGCCGGCAGGGCUGUGUAACGGGCCACCCGGACUUCGAGGCCCUGUGCCUCAACCCUGAGGUGUUGAGGUUGGCCUACCUCAACAUGCGGCACUACGGGCAGCAAGGGAUGGGCGCAAGUGCCAGCGAAUACCAGACACCCUGAAGCCGGUGGAUGAUCAUCUCGACAUGUUCCUUGUGGUGCCAGCAACACUUGCAC